AUGUGCUGUUCGGAAAAGGAUCCGUUGAUGCAAAAGGACGAAAAGAUGUAUCUCGACAAAUCUAAGCACAUUUCACUUCGUUUAGCAGGACCCCUGACAGUUUCUUUUUUAAGUUACAUGGCUAUAUGGAUUAAUACAUACGCUACAUCCGAGUGGAUUCAACAUCGUAUUAAAGUACAGAUGUUUGAGAAUGAAACAUUGACAGACACAUCUUCUUCGUGCAACAACCACUCCAAUCCGGAUUAUGCGAAGCUGGAGAAAGUUCAACAAGAGACCGCACGAUGGCAAAUGUAUUUAACAAUGACUAUCAAAUCCAUAGCGCUCGUGACUACAUUCUUUUAUACCGUUUAUACCGACCUGAUAGGGCGUAAAUUCUUAUUUAUUCUUAGUUGUUUUAGUAUCACUUUAUAUUUCUUCCUUUCAUCACUAGUCAUCCUUUUCGAUUUGCAUUUCAUCUUUCUCUUACUUGCAAGCGUUAUAUACGCAUUAACUGGGACAUCCUAUGGAUUACUUGCCGUCGGAUACUCUUAUAUUGCUGAUAUAACACUGGUCGGAAAGCAAAGAGCAAUGGCUUUCUUUGCAAUGGAUGUAAGCAUUUCAGUGUCUGGAACUAUAGGAGCUUUGGUGUCUGGUUACUAUAUAGAAGCAAUGGGAUUUAUAUAUCCUUCUUUCACUUCAGCAGCAAUCGCUUUUCUAGGGUUACUAGUAGCAAUAUUUUGCGUUCCAGAAUCUAUGAAGGACAAUAAGAAAAUUCAACGUCCACCUUUAAAACAAUCCAUAUUAAGGCCAUUUGAAUUCUACGUAAGCAAGAAAUUUAAAGGUUCUAGACUGUUAUAUAUAAUGUUACUAUUCGCCUUUAUCUUUGCCGACAUGACAGGUGUGCAUCGUAAAACUAUAGAAGCUCUUUAUCAGCUUGGAAUGCCAUUUUGUUGGUCACCAUCAAAAAUCGGAAUUUUUGCAACUUUGAAUGCUACUUCAGCAAACGUGUUAGGAACUUUAUUUCUGAAAGGUUUUCAGUAUUGUAUAUCAAAUAUCGUCAUUGCACUAAUCAGUAUUACUACUUCCGCGGGAGCAUUUGUCCUCGAAGCGCUAGCAUCCACUGAUAUUAUGCUGUAUCUAGUGGCUUUACCAGCAUGUUUAAUCAACAUAGCUUCACCAUUGAUACGCAGUACAAUGUCAACUAUGACUUCGAAACAAAAUCAAGGUGCCCUGUCAGCAAGUUUACUUGUCGUACAAACAAUCUGCAGUUUUGUCGCUGGUUAUGCUGACAACAGCGUAUAUGCUGCAACUUUACCUUUCUUCAAUGGUUUCAUCUUCCUGGUCUUCGCAGGAUACUGUGUCCUAUCAGCUCUCUUUUUAAUGGCGUACAUUUGGAUUAAAAAAAUAAAAGACAAAAUGAAUGACAUGACGACAACCGUCAACGUAUUGCCUGAUGAUGGUGUUAAACAGCGAGACAGUGAUGGUGAUAGACAGCAAUGCAAAGUUUAAUAGACAUAUUAUAAUAGUGAUAAACAGGAAGAAAGCGAUGGUGUUAAACAGCAAUGAAAAGUUUAAUAGACAAAGGUGAUGUUGAGACAACGAAAAUCAACAUGACUACUUCAGGAAGGAAACUUGAUAUCUAUAUAU